UCAGCAGAAGACACAGUUUGCCACCUGCCUGCUCUAAGAUGGUGACUGCCAAGGCGUGGGUUCUGAAGAAGCAUUUUGAGGGUUUCCCCAAAACCAGUGACUUUGACCUGAAAACAAUAGAGCUGCCAAACCUAAAGGAUGGAGAGUUGCUGCUUGAAUCAGUGUUUCUUAGUGUUGAUCCUUACAUGAGACCUUACAGUCGAAGGGACAUGAAGGAAGGGGACAUAAUGAUAGGCACACAGGUUGCCAGGACUGUAGAAAGCAAGAAUCCUGCUUUCACAGUGGGGACCUUUGUUGUGGCUAGAAGUGGCUGGAGAACUCAUUUCAUCUCUGAUGGGAAAGACCUACAACUCCUUCCUUCCAGUUGGCCAGAAUCACUCCCCAAAUCUCUGGCUCUUGGGGCAGUUGGCAUGCCAGGCCUCACUGCAUAUUUUGGUCUGCUGGAGGUCUGCAAGAUGAAGCCAGGAGAGACGGUGCUGGUUAAUGCUGCAGCUGGCGCUGUGGGCUCUGUGGUGGGGCAGCUUGCUAAAAUUGGGGGUUGCAAAGUGGUUGGCUGUGCUGGGUCAGAUGCCAAAGUUGCCUAUUUGAAAAAAAUAGGCUUUGAUGAAGCCUUUAAUUACAAGACUGUUACAUCUUUGGAUGAAGCACUGCGUAAAGCCUCUCCUGAUGGCUACGACUGUUUCUUUGACAAUGUGGGUGGAAAAUUUGCCAGUAUUGCUAUCAACCAUAUGAAGAAAUAUGGAAGGAUUGCAGUCUGUGGAGCCAUCUCUCAGUACAAUGACUCUGUGCCUCAGCAAGGGCCUUACAUGCAGGUUCCAAUGAUCUUCAAAGAGCUUCAAAUGGAAGGGUUUAUUGUGACCCGCUGGAAUAACCGCCGGGAGGAAGGUCUGAAGGCACUGCUAAAAUGGGUCGUGGAGGGAAAAGUAAAGUGCCAUGAACAAGUCACUGAAGGAUUUGAGAACAUGCCAAUGGCUUUCAUUGGAAUGUUAAAGGGAGAAAAUCUUGGAAAAGCCAUUGUAAAAGUGUGAAGGUCACAUAUUCCUGGGACAAUGGCACAAAAGAAUGUGAUUCUGUUAAGUGCUUUUAACUCACUGAUCGAGAGGCAUGUUUCAGUCUUUUUGUUGGAUGUUCGGUGAUGAUAACUUCUGUUAAUAAUUGGGCUAAUAACUUUAAGUACAUGACAAUGGCUUUGGUCUUGAAGAACUUGAGAGUUGCUUCCCAAAGUUGCACACAAAAAAAAAGCCUUAAAACU